UUGGAACCCGGGCCCGGCUCGUCCUCGCGCCCCGCCGCGCUCCCGGGAGCUCGCGGCCCGCCCGGGAAAGAUGUGGGGUCAGGUCGGGCGUGCUGGCCCCUGGGAGCCACGUCCUGGCCGCAGCAACUGCCAGCCGCGAACCAUCGGAGACGGAAAGAGACGUGGUAACUACACCAACAUGCUCCGAGAGCUGGCUCAGAUGCUGCCUGUUCCUCUGCAUACCAGCUACAAAAAGCUUACCAAGAAGGAAAUCCUGUUGUGUGUCCUCUGCUACAUUGAGCAUCUGCAGGCGAGCAUCAGCACCGCCAGGACUCUGCUCCAGCUCCGGCGUGGGGAGAAAGAAGAAUUUGAAGCGGGUGCGUUCAGAUGUGCAGAGAUGUCCGCCUGUCAGCGAGGGUGUGGAGACGGCACUCCGCCCAUCACCCCGCGGAGGAGGAGAGCCAAGCUCCUGAACGUUGGCAAGAAACCCCGCAAAGGAAAGCGAUCCUGCAGAUCAGAGCAGCAUGGGGUGAACAAGGAGAUACGUCGGAGCCUGAGCCUGGGGGAAUCGCCCUGGCAGUCUGGGCAGCGCACAGAGGCAGAUCUGCACGCGGCAGGCGAAGGGGCCGUCCUUUCUCCUGGCAUGAAGCAGCUUCUGUUCCAGUUCAGCCGAAGGGACCCGGCGCUGGGGUCUCGCCAGCCCACAGGCAGCGCCUUCCUGGACAGGGGCAAAGGUGGCAUUCCCGACUGUGCAGCAGAUUGGUGCGUAGGCUGUGACCGAGAGGGGAGCCAGGAGGAGGAUGACAUCUGCUCUACCUGCGAGGCUCAGCUGAUUUACCGGGAGCAGCGUCGGUACGACGGGCCGGACCUUGCUCUGCUGGGGCAGGAGCUGGUGCAGUAUUAUUCCUGCGGGGAGGAAGAAGAGGAUGGGCUGGAUGCUGGUCCUUGGCUCUCAACCCAGUCCCCUGUGUGUAGUUCCCAUGGCAGCUCACUCCUGUGCUCUCCCGGGAGCGGAGGCCAAAUCGGGGCUUGCUGGGCCAGUAAGGAUCUGGGCUUGAGCCCCUCGCUGUUCUCCUCUCCUGGACGGCUGCUUCCCGGUCAUAUUCUGCAGGGGGGGUCAGAGGAGCUAUCCCAAGGUUUGUUUGAGGACGUGUGUCUGAGCCCAGAGUCUGCUGGUUCCUCGGACAGCCUGGCUGGGACCCUGCUGAGAAAGUCCACCUUCUCGCUGGAUCAUUGCUACCUCUCCUACAGCGAGGCGAGUAAAACCGAUUCCAGCCCCAGCUCAGGAGUGACGGAAUUAAUGGGGGUGUGGAGUGGGCAGCUCUUGCAGGAGGGUUCCAGCCCUGGACCGGCUCGCUCCAUGUCCUCCAGCGACGAGAACAGCGACAGCACCUGGAUCCCUUACAAGCGGACGAAGCUGCCACCUGCUGCCAGCCGGAAAAGGAAGAAGGGGGAAGGCGGGCGGCAGCCGGAGGCCUCCAGCAAGUCCCGGUCCCCCUUGCAGCUGAAGAAGAAAUGUGUCAAUGGGUUCAUCAUGUUCUGCCGGCUGAACCGCAAGCAGUACAUUCGCGCCUGCCCGGGGAUGGCGUCCACCGCGGCCACCAGGGAGCUGGCACAGCUGUGGCGCACCAUGACAAAACAGGAGCGGAGGCCCUACUGUGUCAAGGCCCGGAGGUUCAGCAGGCUGAACAACCGCAUCGUGAAGCAGGACUUCUCCAGCGGGGGAGAGGAGGAGGAGGAGAUGGAGGCUCCUAAGCCAUUUCAUUUGCUGCUGGCCGAGAAAUCCCUCGGUUCCCGGGACCUGGGACCGCCAGCCCCGCCCUGCUCGCUCCCACACCCAGCCCUGGAGUCUGUGUGACGAAGGGCAGUGCAGGGCCCCUCCCACCCAGCGUGCUGGGGCCCCCAUCCCCUGAUGUGGCACCUCUUCCUUCCUUUGGAGACACUUGCUGCUCCAUUGAAAUGAACGAGGGUGCUUGGGAACAGGCAGGGGCUACAGCGUGCGUGUUGCCGUUGGGAGACAAGGCUUUGGGGUUUGUAGACUGGCCUCUUGUUUUAGCUCUGGCAAGGAGAAAUUGUGUGUGGGUGUGGCGGAGUGGCUCAUGUUUUUAAUUAAAAUCCUAUUUAUUCUGAUAGUUUUCCGCCAUAACUACACCACUGUGCCGAUCAGAGAGCACCGACCCCGGGCUGCCCAUAGGUCUGGUCAGUUCCAAACUGCCCUGUCCAACCAGCUAAGGGAGGGUUGCUUGGGCAUAAGGGUAGCCGUGGUUAAAUGGAGGAUUAGAGGCCCCCCCCUCCCCCCAAAAGAAAACCAAACCGUCCUCCACUGGUUCAGGCCAGACUUGUAUUGGAUUCUGUUCGUUGCUUGAAUAGUUUGACAGCUGUUAUAUGUAUGUAUGUAUUUAUUUAUUUAUUGGUUUUAGAAUAAAGCUCAUUUGUGGGUUUCCUGGCUCCGGUCCGAGGUCUCAGACCCCCCUGGGGCAGCCCCAUUCACCACUCCUCCUGGGUUUAUUCAAAGCAGGAAGAGCAGCAGGGGUUGUGGUUGGGCUGAAAACUCUUCCUUUGUUCAGCCACUGAGCUAUCAGAAGGGGAUAUUUUAGAUAAGGGUUUCCCAAAGUGUGGGGCACACGCCCCUAUGGGGACACAUGAUGGACUGGUUGGAGGGUGCACUCACGCUGCUUCGUUGUCUUCCAGAAUCUCGCAUGAGUCUCUAGCUCUUACGGCUGUGAAGGAAACCUGGAAAACACGCUCCAGGUACCCUGCUUCUGAUUCCUGGCUCUUUUGGCUGUGGCCUCCGGCUUCUGGCUCUGGGUCUGAGCCUUGGGUCCAUUUCCCAACUCCUGCUGUGACCGCUAGGCCUGACUGCCCCAAGCCCUGGUUCCUGAUGCCUGACUCCCAUUGAAAUCAGUCCUUUGAGCCCUGGGGCCUUGGCCGCUAGAACAGGGCUAACACCCCCACCUGCAGGCUCUGCAGUGACCGGGAGGUCUCUGGCGCUCGCUCACACCUCAGCGCUCCCUAGCAGCACCAACUGGAUCACCGCUACAGCCUGGGUCUGCCGUGGCCAGCUCCCAUCCGAGCAGCUAAUGCCAUGGCGGCUGCUUCCUUGGGGCUGCCACCGCCCCAGCUGGCCUGGCUCUGGUGCUCCCUGUCCUCGGCUGGCGCAGCGGUGAUGGUGGUGUCCCUCCAUCUGCCUGGUGAGUGAUGCUGUCACACCGGUCCCACAGGUGGUUUCCAGGAGGGCCGAGGCUACGCAGAGGUGGGGCUGGCAGCUGGCCCGGGCCAGAAUUCCCGCCCUGCUCUCUCUGCCCGCUAGCCAGGGCCUGUGCCAAGUGGAUCCAGCUCAGACGGAAGAGAUCCUUAACCCCAGCGCCUUCCACCCCCUGAUGUUUCUCACCUCUGCCUGUUGCAGGCAAACUGCAGGGGGAAGUUUCCUACCCCCUACUCUGCUCCUCUGCCAGGCCUGAUCCAGACCAGCUGCUCCUGGAAUUUAGGACCUGCCGCAUGGAGACGUGAGCCGAGGCUGCCCUGGGGGGUUAUUUCCACGCGACUGAGGGGUUCCUCUGCCCUGAGUUUUAAUGGGUUGACCCCCUCGGUAACCAGAGCACCAUGGGAGGCGGGAAGGUAUGAGUCCCCUUCUCCCACCCUUCCGGCUGCAGCCAGCCAGAGUCCAGGGAAUGGCGAGGGGUGAAGCGGGACCUGUGGGCAAGAGGAACCCUGUAGAAACGUAGCCUGCUAGGAGACCCUGAGUGAUGUGGGUGCUUCUGGGUGGUAAUCACAGCCCCCCGGCCCUGACUAGAGCCCCAGAUGUGCCGCAACGGGUGGGGUUCUGCUGGAAAGCAGGGGAUGGAAUUUGGCCAGGCCGCAGCCCUACUGACACUGUCCCGUGAACACUCUGCUCCAGCCUCAGCUGCUGCUUUUAAUUCCCGAGGUGCCAGGCUCGAGUCCCGCAGAUGGCGACCCCCCUGCCCCCAAAGGCGCUGUGAUAUGAGCACCGUGGAGCCCUGUUCCGUGGAGGCUGCCUAGGCCCCACUGCAGAGGAGGCUGUAGGAGCCAGCCCGUGGGGAUGGGGGCCAUGCCUUGGAGGCAGCGCUGACCAUGUCCCCAUGGUUAACUUCAAGUUUCAGGCGUUGAUUUGGCUCCGUUCCCAUGGCCCAAAGAGUAGAGGGUCCAGCUGAGCCCCUCCAGCCUGGCUCUUGCAGGGGGAGAUUCAUGCUGCAGAGGCUCACCUGGGAGGAUGGCACAUUUAAUGGUGCAAAACUUGGGUGCCCUUUGCCCUCCUGGCAUCACCCAAGAUCCACUGAGGGGGUUGGGGAGAGAUCUGUAGGGGGAGGAGGCGCAAACAAGGGAAAGUCCUGGCACAAGGAACCCUAAAAAGCUGGGAGAUGAAUGUCCCCAACCCUCAGUUUCCCAUCUCCAGGCUGAGGAAGGGUAAUUAGUUGAUUAGCAUGCUGCAAGCUGUUGGCAAGAGCCAUUCAUGGCUGACUGGGCAUCCCGGGGCUCCGCACACAGGUUACAAUGCAAAUUCCUGGAGGUGCUUUCCCCUAGCCAGCCGCCAAACACACCAGCCCUGCGCCCCCUGCUGCACGCAGCAUAAUUGGAAGAGCAAAAGACUCAAAAACUAACAGCAAAAAAAACUAUUUCGGUACAUCAGAAGCAGGAAGCCUGCCAGACAAUCAACGGGGCCAAUGAACAAUGGAGAUGCUAAAGGAGCACUCAAGGAAGACAAGGGUGUUGCAGAGAAGUGAAAUGAAUUCCUUGCAUCAGUCCUUACCGCUGGGGAUGUGAGGGAGAUUCCCACACCUGAGCCGUUCUUUUUUGGUGACAAAUCUGAGGAGCGAUCCCAGAUUGAGAUGUCAGUAGAGGAGGUUUUUGGAACAAAUUGGUAAAUUAAACAGUAGUAAGUCACCAGGACUAGAUGGUAUUCACUCAAGAGUUCUGGAGGAACUCAAAUAUGAAUCUGCAGAACUACUAACUGUGGUAUGUAAUCUAUUGCUUAAAAGAGCCUUUGAAGCAGAUGACUGGAGGGUAGCUAAUGGCAGAUGAAAUUCAGUGUUGAGAAAUGCAAAGUAAUGCAUAUAAUCCCAACUAUACAUACAAAAUGAUGGGGUCUAAAUGACCUGUUCCCACUCAAGAAAGAGAUCUUGGGGUCACUGUGGAUAGUUCUUUGAAAAUAGCCACUCACCGUGCAGCGGCAGUCAAAAAAGCGAACAGAAUGCUGGGAACCAUUAGGAAAGGGAUAGAUAAUAAGACAGAAAAUAUCAUAACACCACUAUAUAAAUCCAUGGUACGUCCACACCCUGAAUACUGUGGGCAGUUCUGGUUGUUCUAGCUCAAAAAAGAGAUAUUGGAAUUGGAAAAGGUUCAAAGAAGGGCAAUGCAGAUGAUCAAGGGGAUGAAACAGCUUCCAUGUGAGGAGAGAUUAGAAAGCCUGGGACUGAUCAUCUUGGAAAAGAGAUGCCUGAGGGUAUGACGGAGGUCUGUAAAGUCUUGACUGGCGCGGAGAAAGUGACAAAAGGAAGUGACAAGAACUAGGGGUCACCCAAGGAAAUUAGUCGGCAGCAGGGUUAAAACAAAAGGAAGUAUUUCUUCACACAAUGCACAGGCAACCUGUGGAACUCACUGCCAGGAGAUGUUGUGACGGCCAAAACUAUAACAGGGUUAAAAAAAGAAUGAGAGAAACUCCUGUAGGAUGGGUCCAUCAAUGGCUGGUAGCCAAGGAGGUCAGGGACGCAACUCCAUGCUCUGGGUGUCCCUAGCCUCUGACUCAGAAGCUGGGAAGGGGCGACAGGGGACGGAUCACUUGAUGAUGACCUGUUCUGUUCAUUCCCUCUGGGGCACCUGGCACUGGCCACUGUCGGAAGACAGGACACUGGGCUAGAUAGACCCUUGUCUGACCAAGUAUGGCCAUUUUUAUGUUCUGUUAGGAUCUGGGCACGUCAGGAGCUUUGGGGACAAGCGUGACGGGUUUUCAGACACAAUGAGGCCAGAAGGAACCAUUCUGAUCAUCCACUCUGACCCCUCCCCUGCCCCCCCAGUGAUUCUGGCCUCCAGCCCAUAGCUUGUGGUUGAGCUAGCUUUCCUAGGACAACAUCCAGUCUUCAUUUAAAGACCCUCACCCCUGCAUCAGUCGUUAUUUCUCAUCCCUGUUACAUGCUGGCACCUUAUUUCCAGUCUGAAUUUAUCUCACUUCAGCUGCAGUCACGAGAUGGCGCUCUCUCUUUGUCUGCUGGAUUGGAGAACCCUGUGCUCUCAGGUGUGUCCUCAGGCAAGUGCUGAAAGACCAGGAUUAAGGCACCACUGAACUGCCCUUGGAUAAUCUAAAUACACUGAGUUUCCUCCCCAUCAGAAAAGUUGCACUGGUCACCCCAGGACAGUUUUCCCAGGCCGGGAAUCUGCCAGUAUGGAGAGGGCGUGUGGGCCAUGCACCAGGACUCAGGAGAGCUAGGUUCUGUUCCGGGAUGUACCACUGGCCUGCUGGGUGACCUUGACCAAAAUCCUUCCCGUCUCUGUGCCUCAGUUUCCCCACCCAUCCUUUGUCUAAUUAGUUUAAGCUGUUUGGAGCAGGGACACUCUCUCAACCUGUAUCUGGGCAGUGCCCGGCCGAAGGGGCCCCAUAUCUCAGUCACUGUGUGUCUAGGCAGCGCCCGGCGCGAUGGGGCCCUGAUCUUGGAUGCGGACCUCUAGGUGCUACUGCAAAACACCUAAUAAAAUCCAGUACCAGCACAGGGAUGUGACCGCCUGUUAACAGAGGGACCCAAACAAGGUUUGCCUCUAGUCUAACCAGCAAGUGGCGCUGGAGCACACGUCUGCCCCAUCAGCACCCCCUGGUCGGUGGGCCCUUCCUUUCAAAGCAGGCAGCCAGCUCUCUGCCUCAGUUUCCCUAACUGUGAAAAGGGGGAGGCCAAAGUCUGCCUGCCUCUUGGGGGUGUGUGGAGGACGGUUAAUGCUUGCGUGCAGCAUUUGUAACUCUAGUGAAGAGCUGGGUGAGCUGAAAAUCCUCCCUGAGCCACCUGUACAUGGUUAUGGGGGUGCUGCUUUGACACCCCGAUUCUCCUCCCUGCCUCACCCCCAUUUGUAUAAUCCCCUAGCACCUCGCUAUGCAGCAGCCUGGCACACCCUCACCCUGCCAGUGCCCACACAGCAAGGCCCAUGGCCCUGCCCCUCACAUUAUGUCUUGUAGGUGUCAGAUGCCCCCCCCCCCCCCCCC